GUGAGCCACCUUUGUGACAUCAUGUGACAACUAAAGGGAACGAUGACUUAAGCAGCCGGUUGCCGCACUACCGAGACUCUAGAAUUUUGUGGACAGUAUUUACUGGGCAUCCCCACCCUGACCGAAGGCAUUUCUGACCUGAGAGUUCAGGGAUAUGAUCUCAGAUAGAAAGUGCUCCUGACCUAGACUAGCUCCAUGGCUAGUCAGAGUACCGACCAGACGGAUGAAGUCAAGCAGGCCCCAUCAGGUGACCGAGAGCCAGCAACAGGGGUCCCAACUAAUUCAUCCCUGGAUCCAAAGUUGGAUUCAAGGGAGAUUUUGGGGACCCGCAGUGACCAAGCCAUAAGCCAAGAUCCAGGCCCCCAAGACAACCCGCGACCACAGGACCCAAACCAAGGCAUCGUCCACGUGGAAGAAAACCACCACCUUCUCGGGCUCUCCUUCCCAAGAAAGCUUUGGAUGGUAGCUGAGGACGACGCCUUCACGUCCGUGCGCUGGAAUGACGAGGGAGACACCGUGAUCAUUGAAGAGGAUCUUUUCCAGAGGGAGAUUCUUCAACGGAGAGGCCCAGGGAGAAUUUUUGAAACAGACAGCUUGAAGAGUUUUAUCCGCCAACUGAAUCUCUACGGCUUCAGCAAAAUACGUCCAAACGACCCUUCGGUUCACUCUCCAGGGAACAAGAGAAUGAUGAUGUACCGUAACUCCAACUUUCAGAGAAAUAAGCCUCUGCUCAUUGAGAACAUUCGGAGAAGAGGCAACCUGAGAAUUACCACUCAGCCGGGGGCCAGCGCAACAACUCCAAAGAGAAAGAAGCAGGUAGAAGCUACGAGGCGCUCCCCACGAAUCCAUCGCAAUGAACCCACCAAAGAAGGUGACAGAAAGGCCCAGAAGGAAAGCCCUAAAGCUCAGGGACCCAGUGACACCUGGUCGUUCGUGUGCUCUGAAAACCAAUCUGUGAGCAGUGUAGCUGGACAUGCCACAGAAAAUCGUCACCCAAGUGAGCCAGGCAGCCCAAGUGGGGAGGGCACAUCCGGGAAUGUUAUGUUUGUGCCCCUGGCUACUGCCGGGGGAGACGGUGCAGAGGAACCACCCACCAGCCCCCCAGAUUGCCCCGAUUAUGAUUCGGUGAUGUCCUUAUACAACACCUGUUAUUCCAUCCUGCUGGCUUCCCUCUCAGUGAUGGCUCCACAUGAGGUCCCUGAUGAGGACGAGCAGCAGGAAGGCUCCUCAGAUUACAAGUGUGCACUUUGUGAGCGCUUCAAGGACAAUCCAGGUCCCUAA